UGGGUUCCAAACCAUCCCUAUAUAUAUAUAGAGAGAGAGAGAGAGAGAGAGUUGCCACUCCCUCACACCCCAAUACUCUCAAACUAAGCUCCUGAUAUCGAAAGGCCAUAGCAAAAGAUGGCAAAUAUAUGGAAAACGGCCUUCUUUGCCCUUCUAGCUUUCACCACCGUAGCCUUCAUCUUAUUCAUCUACUAUAUCCGUCACCUCCGCCGCAGACUCCAACAGCUCCCUGUUAAGGCCCAGCUCUCCACCACCACCACAACCUCAAGUGGGAACCCCCUCCCUGCAUCUCCCACAGUCUCUCAUGCUGGUCCUGCCACUUCCAGCGGUCUGGACCCAUCGGUGCUUCGAUGGCUCCCCGUCUUCAUCUACUCCUCCAUGGCCUACAACGAGUGCUUGCAGUGCACCUUGUGCUUGAAGGGCUUCGUGGGCGGCGAGGAGGGGCGGCUCCUCCCUCGGUGCUACCACAGCUUCCAUAAGAAGUGUGUCGACCGUUGGUUUCACUCCCACUCUACCUGCCCGCUCUGCCGGUCGAAGGUUGAAGCCGAGGUCUCAGAGUAGGUGAAUGAAUGGUGGUUUCUUUUUUUGUGGGCGGGGUGGGGGUUGCAGAUCGAGAAGAGUAUAACCAACUUCUCCGGGGUCUUUUUUUGGUUUUUUGGAAGGAUGUUGUUUCCCAAUUAGUUGAGGAGUUUUCUGAAUCGUGUCUUGGUGUUGAAGGUAGUGAUAAUUGACCUUCUCUAGCGGAAAAAAAAUGGACCGUUGAGCUUAU